AUGCUCGUCUCCGGCUCGUUCCUCCGUGCCUCCAUCGGAUUCUUCUACCUGCUCAGCAUAUCCGUCUCGACCGCACUCACCUACUUCUUCUAUUCUGAGCCCGUCCUCUUCGCUUUCGUGCUCACCGCCGUCUCGCUGCUCGUGCUCUCCUAUCCCGUGCUCUGCCUGUUCAACCUCUCCCAUUCGUACGAUCUACAAGUGCGUACUCCGUUCCACGUGGAAUGGAUUCCGAUCUGUGUGGACCUCGAAGCUCAGAAGAUAUCGCAGAAAGUGCUCGACGAGAAGCCGUCGAAACUGGAUUUGGCAUUCGCCCACGCCUACAUGUAA